AUGGAAUCCAUUCUUGAUUUUUCUAAGGAUUUUGAUGUGGAGCUUCUAGACCGUGUUGUCAUGGUGUUCUACAGCGGAUCAGGACCUGAACGCCAAACCGCUCAACAAGUCCUUACCGCCUUCCAAGAACACCCUGACUCCUGGCAAAGAGCAGGCCAGAUCUUGGAAUCGUCUAAAGACCCUCAAAGUAAAUACAUUGCCCUCCAGAUUUUGGAUAAAUUAAUCACCUCCCGCUGGAAGCUCUUGCCAAUGGAGCAACGAUUGGGCAUCAGAAAUUUUGUCGUCAACAUGAUCAUCGCUCUUUGUGAUGACGACCAACAAUUUGUCUCCCAAAAAUCAUUGAUCAAUAAGUGCGACUUGGUCUUGGUCCAGAUCUUGAAGAAGGACUGGCCUGCCGAUUGGCCAAAUUUCAUUCCUGAAUUGGUUGCCUCUUCUAGAGCCGGGUUCAACGUGUGCGAAAACAAUAUGAUCAUCUUGAAAUUAUUAUCGGAAGAAAUCUUUGAUUUUUCUAAUGAAAAGAUGACACAGGCUAAAACUAAGAAUUUAAAACUUACUUUAUCCAAAGAAUUCCAAGAAAUUUUUAAGUUGUGUUACGAAGUGUUGGAUAAAGCAAGCAAACCAUCUCUCCUUGCCGCCACCCUUGACUGCUUACUCAGAUAUUUACAUUGGAUCCCAUUGCCAUAUAUUUUUGACACUGAUUUAUUGGAUUUGGUGAGUUUGAAGUUUUUGCAAGCAGAAAGCACCAGAGCAAUCACCAUCAAGUGUCUUACAGAAGUGUCUUCACUUAAUGCCGACCAAUACAACGAGAAGUUCUUUGUUAUGUUUAGAAACUCUUUGGAACAAAUUAACUCAAUUGUCCCUCUUGGUACUGAUCUUAGAACUUCCUACAGAACCGCCAGAUCAUUUGAUCAAGCUUUCUUACAAGAUUUAGCCAUGUAUUUAAGUACAUUUUUGAGUAAUCAUUAUGAUUAUUUAGAAAAGAACGAAAACUAUAAACCAAUAUUAUUGACCGCCAACGAAUAUUUAGUGGAACUCUCGAGAAUUGAAGAGCGCGAAUUAUUCAAAACUUGUUUGGAUUACUGGCUCAAAUUGGUGUCUAGUUUAUACGGUGAGGUCAGAAAGUUGCCACAAACUGAAUUGAGUCCAUUAUUGCAGUUGGGUUAUAAUCAGAGUUUCAAUCCUUCUGCGGGUGCUCCAAAUCCUAAGUUGUUGGAGAAAUUCCCACUCAGAAAACAUAUCUACAAUGACAUCCUUUCUAAAUUGAGAUUGGUGGUCAUUGAAUCUAUGGUUAGACCAGAAGAAGUUUUAAUUGUUGAAAAUGAUGAAGGGGAAAUUGUCAGAGAAUUCGUUAGAGAAAGUGACACCAUUACUUUGUAUAAAUCCAUGAAAGAAUUAUUGGUGUAUUUGACCCAUUUGGAUGUCACGGACACUGAACAAAUCAUGACCACAAAAUUGGCGAAACAAAUUGAUGGCUCCGAAUGGUCAUGGCAUAACAUUAACACUUUGUGUUGGGCUAUUGGGUCGAUUUCUGGUACCAUGACUGAAGAUAUGGAAAAAAGAUUCUUGGUUACAGUUAUAAAAGAUUUAUUGGCACUCACAGACAUGAAGAGAGGUAAGGAUAAUAAAGCAGUGGUGGCUUCCAACAUCAUGUAUAUUGUUGGACAGUAUCCACGUUUCUUGAAAGCCCACUGGAAAUUCUUAAAGACUGUGGUGAAUAAAUUAUUCGAAUUCAUGCACGAAACCCAUGAAGGUGUUCAAGAUAUGGCUUGUGAUACUUUCAUUAAAAUCACCGACAAGUGUAAAAAACACUUUGUGUUGAUUCAUACUGGAGAAAAAGAACCAUUUAUUGAUGAAAUUAUCAGAACCCUUCCACAAAUCACUGAAGAUUUACAGCCCCAACAGCUUCAUACUUUCUACGAGGCUUGUGGUGUUAUAGUAAGCGCUCAGCCAUCAAAAACUUCCAGAGAUAGACUCAUUAAAGAUUUGAUGCAUUUGCCAAACGUUGCUUGGGGUGCUAUUAUGGAAGAAGCAAACAACGACCCAGAAUUGUUAUCAAAUUCAGAAACCGUGAAAAUCAUUGCCAAUAUUAUUAAAACAAAUGUUUCUGUGUGUAAAUCGUUAGGUUCAGCAUUCUAUGGUCAAUUAGGGUUUAUCUACAUCGACAUGUUGUCGUUAUACAGAGCCACCAGUGGUCUAAUUUCAAAUACUGUUGCCCAGGAAGGGGAAAUCGCCACUAAAACUCCAAAAGUGCGUGGAUUGAGAACUAUUAAGAAGGAAAUCUUGAAAUUAAUUGAAACUUAUAUUUCAUCUGCUAGCAAUUUAGAUGAGGUGGUUAAAGAUUUGAUUGAACCUUUAUUGAGUGCCGUGUUGGAUGAUUAUAGAACAAAUGUAGCCGAUGCCAGAGAUGCUGAAGUAUUGAACUGUAUGAGAACUGUGGUUGAUAAAGUCGGACCUAUGAUUGGCGAUGCCGUGAUAUUGAUUUUACAGAAUGUGUUUGAGUGUACUUUAGAUAUGAUAAACAAGGAUUUCACUAACUACCCAGAACAUCGUGUGGAAUUCUACAAAUUAUUGCAAACUAUCGACGCUAGAUCAUUCAACGCCUUGUUGAACUUAUCUGGUGAUGCCUUCAAGCAGUUAGUUGAUGCUAUUUUAUGGGCGUUCAAGCAUAAUAAUAGAGAUGUCGAGGAUGCUGGUUUGACUCUCGCUGUCGAACUUUUGAGAAAUAUUGAGAGAUUGGGCGAAACUCCUUUCACCACGGCUUUCUACCAAAGCUUCUAUUUCUCGAUAUUAUCGGAUACCUUUUAUGUGAUCACCGACAGUGACCACAAGGCUGGGUUUGUAUUACAAGCGCAAUUGUUGGCCAAAUUGAUUGAAUUGGUAGAAUCCUCGAAAAUCAACGUUCCAUUAUAUAAAGAAGGUGAAGUUCCACCAGGUACCUCCAACUCUCUUUACUUGAAAGAAUUUACCGCUAAUAUGUUGAGUAAUGCUUUCCCACAAUUACAGCAGGAACAAGUCUCGUCGUUUAUUAUUGCAUUAUUCAAGAAUUACGGGGACUUGCCUAAGUUUGAGAAUAUUAUGAAGGACUUCUUGGUGCACAUUAAGGAGUAUGAUAGUGACCCAGCUGACUAUGAGCAGUGA